AUGGGUUCACAUACAGAUAUGGAUCAUAUUCAGAUUCCAAUCAUCGAGACCGAGGAGCCAUUAUUCGAUGUCCUUCCCAAGCUGUUCAACUUCAUUCGCAUGGCCGUGGGCGAUAUGGCCUACACAUUCGAACAAAUGCUACACGGCUCUCAGGGGCAUCGCCUCAGACAAUUAGUUCACGCCUUGGCAGAAGAUAGCCACAACCCCUUCAUCAUUGUGGCUUUAAUGAUCUUGAAGUGGGACUUUACCACUGCUACUGAGGAUAACUGGGGACUUAAUGAGAGCCGGGGUGCAGCCUGUGAAUUCGUUGCCUGGCAAUUUUUGUGCCAUCUGAACCAGCGUGAGACAAUCGAGUUCCUGUUGGAAGAACUGCCAUUACCGCAGCGCAAUUCGACAAAUACUAUUGAAACGGAGGGAGUUAGCCCAGGCUUGGCUUUUUCACAUGGUGACACACUUCAAGCGGAAACCGAGACCACUCCACUCCUGCCAUACCCUUCAUCUUCUUUCUACAGGCUUUUCGGUGGCAAGAGGACCACAGAGACCCAGCUUUCUGGAAGCUCCCAGGGAACAUAUCUACCCGAAGAAGUCUACGCCACCCAGAGAUAUUCCCAGUUCUUCGGAUUGAAUGCACUGGAGAUUGCAACGAUUGCCCAUGCAAAGAGGUUUCUGAGUCAACACGUUGUUCAACGGGUAGUCGACGGUAUUUGGAAAGGUGAAAUCGUCUUCUGGGAUUCUCUGACUGUUAAGUCAACCAAGAAGCCCCAUAUCUUUAACGCAAGAACAGCAGAUCCAUAUUCACGCUUGCGAGUGCCUCUUUACCGUAAGAUCUUCGAGGCAGCAUUUUUCAUGUCUUUCCUUUUUCUCUACUACGCAGUCCUUGUAGAGAGGAGGCAAGAAGCCAUUGGCAUCUUUGAAGCCAUCAUGUAUGUGUGGAUCGUCGCCUUUGCGUACGACGAAUUGAGUGGAGUUAUUGACGCUGGGGUUGUUUUCUAUCAAAUGGAUUUUUGGAGUCUCUGGAACGUGAGCAUCAUCGGGGUUGGACUGGCAUUCGUCAUAACAAGGGUCAUUGGGCUAGUGAAGGAAAGCGAAUCUAUUAUCGACCUUUCAUUCGACAUUUUAUCCUUAGAGGCUCUAUUUCUUGUGCCAAGGCAUGAUUGCUCGAUCUGCUCCCUUGUGAGCUUGAACUCAUACUUCGGCAGUCUAAUACCGGUAUUGAAAGAGAUGACGAAAGCAUUCUUCAGGUUUUUGCCGGUAGUGGUAGUACUAUAUAUCGGAUUCUUGACCACAUUCACCAUGCUCGCUCGUGACCGCUUGUCGCUCGACACAAUGUCACAUUUAUUAGUGAAGGUGUUCUUUGGAUCGAGUGUUCUCGGAUUGGACACCGCGUCUGAAAUCUCCCCCAUCUUCGGCUAUGGCUUGAUGCUGACCUUCGCACUGAUGACCAAUACUCUCAUUCUCUCGUCUUUGAUUAGUUUGAUGAGCAUGAGUCUAGAAGGGGUGAUGCGCCAUGCCCGAGAAGAAUACCUAUUCCAGUUGGCCAUUUACGUCCUAGAAAGCAGCAAUUCUCGUCGACUAACAUACUUCAUGCCACCCCUGGUCAGUUGGGGUCUGAUCCCUGGAUGGAAUGUUGCUUUGGGUGUUCUGGAACAUUUCCCAACUAACACCCAGCAGAAUCUUAUUCCCCUCCUCUGUAUCCGGCCGAUGCGACUUUUUCUCUCUGCCGGAACCGUUCGGCGCGUACGGAUUGUCUUGCUUCGAGCCACCCACCUCCCAUUUGUUGCAUUGAUAUGGGCUUAUGAGUCUAAAUGGCGCCAUUCAAAACGACAGAACAGUCAACUUCCUCCAAUGUGGGCACGCGGUCAACGUACCUCUGCAAAUGAGCCGACUGAGCCCAGGUUCCAGGACCCACACCACCCCUCCGUAGUUGAAACAAAUCGUCUGGGCCUUGGAAAAGAACGCAUCAGUGUGGAUCACCAAGCCGCGCGUGGGCCAGACAUGGGGCAACUCGGGCAAGUGCCGCAGUUGGCGGACCUGAUCGACACGGUAGAACGACUACGAGCUCAAGUGGAGGCAAUUGCCGGGCAAAGGUGA